CGACAGCGCAGCUAUUGGAAUAAGACUGGAAUGAAAAUCUGAAAUACUUAGCCCCUUCCUGUCUCAUCAUUGCAAGAAAUGGUGACUCUUACUAUUUAUCUGCUGGUCAUCUUGGCUCAAGCUCUUGCGGGGCCUUGCAAUCCAAAUAAAGCAGAUGUAAUUCUGGUAUACUGCUAUCCUAAAACCAUCAUUACCAAAAUUCCGGAGUGUCCUUAUGGAUGGGAGGUUAAUCAGCUGGCACUCGGAGGCAUUUGCUACAAUGGGAUCCAUGACUCGGGAUAUUACCAAUUCACGAUCCCAGACCUGUCACCUAAAAACAAAUCAUACUGUGGGACGCAGUCAGAGUUCAAGAACCCCGUUUAUCAUUUCUACAACUCCAUUGUCUCCAAUGACUCCUCAGUAAUUGUGAAGAGCCAGCCUGUGAAUUACUCAUUCACCUGCACAUAUAAUGCCAACUACCUGGUGAACCAGGCUGCCUUUGACCAAAGGGUGGCCACCGUCCAUGUGAAGAAUGGGAGCUCCGGCUCGUUUGAAAGUCAGUUGUCCCUCAACUUCUACUCUAAUGCCAAGUUUUCAAGUAUAAAAGAAGCCCCUUUCGUCGUUGAAACAUCAGAAAUUGGUUCUGACAUAUUUGCCGGAGUUGAAGCUAAGGGCUUAAGUGACAGGUUCAAAGUUGUUCUCAACAACUGCUGGGCAACUCCUUCCUCAGAGUAUUUCUACCAGAUCCACUGGCCCCUGAUCACCAAGGGGUGUGCCACGGACAGCUCCAUCCUCGUGCACGAGAACGGGAAAACGAGCCGGGCGACGUUCCAGUUCAACGCUUUCCGCUUCCGUAACAUCCCCAAGCUGUCCAAGGUCUGGCUGCACUGCGAGACGCACGUCUGUGACAGCGAGAAGUUCUCCUGCCCAGUGACAUGUGACAAACGAAAACAGCGCAUGGAACAAACUGGAGGUGUUUUAGUGGCGGAGAUCGCUGUACGGAGCAAAGGUUUAUCCAGAUUUUACACACUUUCAGAUAUCAUCUUCCACCUACUCUUUGUGAUUGGAUUUUGUGCUGUUUUAUUAUAAUAUGCAGCACAGCUGUGUUUCUUAACUUUUCCCAAUCCUGUUUGGACCUGGACUUCUUAACUAAAGAUGUUUAUUUUACGGAGGAAAAAUGACAGUCACAAAAAAUCCUUGUGCACCAUUUUACCAGAUAAAUAAAACAUUCCAUGAGC